AUGUCUGCAGAUUUCAUUGACAUAAGCGAUAAAAAUGCGUGGGAUGAUUCUCUGUUGAUAAAUUCUUGGGAUGAUGCAGUAGCCGAAUACAAGAGGUACCACAGCAUCCAGAAAUCUGGCAAGAAGCUCGAAGAUGUGCUUACCGAGGAAGAAUUAGAAGAAUUGCGAGAAGACCAUGGACAUCUGAUGGAAGAGGCCGAGACGCCCAUAAGCAGAGCAACUACGAACGGUGACGCGGAAGAUCAGGAUGCCGAUAUGGAACUUGAAAGCAGCGAAGAAGAUCAUAGUGCGAGUCAAGUGCAGGCCCAGCAAGCACCGGAAUCUGCAAAGCCCCAGCCCCAGCAGGAUCAACCGCCGAAUAUCGCGGCUCCCAUGCUCCAGAACGAACCUCUUGGGGCUUCCAUGCCCCAGGCACUUCUCGGAUCAGUGCAAGAUGAAAAUCUAAAGAACAUCAUGAUGUCGUGGUACUACGCUGGAUACUAUACCGGCUUGCACGUGGGACGGCAACAAGUAUCCAAGAAUGCCGCACCAAAUGAAUGA